CAAGUUUUUUUUAUAUAAAAAAAAAAGAUAUAAUACACUUAGAAAGAUGAUGAAUCCCAUGAUGAUGAUGUUUCUUUAGUCAUGUUAUUAUAGUGUAUAUAGUUCGAUACAUGCUAAGUAAUCCUUGAUUAUAGUGAAGAUUCUCACUUUUAUAUAUUCACCCAUCAGAGUAUUUUGUAUCAUUUAAGUUGUGAUCUCAUUGGUCAGUGAUUAAGAUGGAGCUGAAAACUUUCUCUUCUAAUUAUAUGUCUACAUUUGAGGUUGCCCAUGUUGGAAAAUCUUCCUCCAAUUUCUUCUCAUCUUUUAGGCACAAUUUUGGAGUUAGAUACUCUUCUACCCAAACCCGCAGAGGGUUGUCUCUUAAGACUCAUAGUGUCUCAGAUGAGUCUUAUUUGGCAGAUAAAGCUGUAAUUUAUUCAGUUGGUUCUGAUAAUCUUGCAGCAGAAACUAGUUCUCACUGUAUUAAUGGAAUAAAUGGCUCAACUUCAAGGUUUUAUUACAGAAAUCUUAUACUUGAUGCAUUUGAUGAUGAGUAUGGAGGUGUUGUCAUUGAUCCAAAUAGGUUACCACAUAAUCCAUAUGCCUUUGCAUCUAUGCUUUGUUUAUCUCUUUCUCAGUGGAAAAAAAUGAGAAAGAAGGGAAUUUGGCUUAAGUUGCCAUUAGAGCAAUCUGAUCUUGUUCCGCUUGCUGUCAAGGAAGGAUUUCAAUACCACCAUGCACAGCCAGGAUAUGUGAUGUUAACUUACUGGAUUCCUGAAGGACCUUGCAUGCUUCCAGCAAAUGCAUCACAUCAAGUAGGAAUUGGAGGAUUUGUCAUCAAUCAAAACAACGAAGUGCUUGUGGUGCAAGAGAAACACUGUUCUCCUGCAACUCUUGGCCUUUGGAAAAUACCAACUGGAUUCAUUCAUGAGGCAGAGGAGAUAUAUACAGGAGCUGUAAGAGAAGUGAAGGAAGAAACUGGGAUUGAUACAGAGUUUAUGGAAGUCAUUGCAUUCAGGCAUGUACACAAUGUGGCAUUUGAGAAAUCAGAUUUGUUCUUCAUCUGCAUGUUAAGACCCUUGUCAUUUAAGAUCACUGUGGAUGAUCUUGAAAUUGAAGCAGCAAAGUGGAUGCCACUGGUUGAGUUUGUGAAACAACCACUUAUCCAAGAAGAUUCCAUGUUCAAGAAGAUUGUAGAUAUUUUUAUUGCUCGUCUUGGGAAACGUUAUUGUGGCCUAUCAACUCAUCAAAUAGUUUCAAAGUUUGAUGGCAAGAUUUCUUCUCUAUAUUACAAUGUCAUUGACAAUGAAGAUGGCACCUGUGUUGGAAAAUAGGAUUUAAAAACUCUAAUGGUAUGCAAACCUCUUCAUGGUUCAAUUGAUCAUAGUUUCUUGUUCCUUCUCAAAUGUCAGCAACAAGCUGAAAACUCUUUUUUUUGGACUAACAACUAUAGUACUACAAAUAUCUGGUAGAAUAUGUAACAUAUAAGUGCAGUUUUAUUUCAUAAUGUAUAUAAAUGUUAAUGUUAAUAUCAAUAACAGUGUUGCUGUGGAACAUGAGGGAACUUCAUACUUAUUCCCUAUUUCUGUUUGGAAAGUAGAUGCAUACAAUAUGUUGAUUGGCCCCAA